UUUUCCGGGAGGUUCCGUCGAGAUUCGACACUGCCUCCGCUCCGCUACUGCAGCCUUGUCGCGAGGAGCUGUACCAAUCCACUUAUUAUUAGCGAUAUCAGAAAUUAUAAACAAUUUGUCAUAUUUAAACGCAGGGAAAAGUCAGGCGUUGGAUACCACCACCCUCUGCAAAAUGCAGGCCAUCAAAUGCGUCGUGGUGGGCGAUGGAGCGGUGGGAAAGACAUGUCUUCUCAUCAGCUAUACCACCAAUGCCUUCCCUGGAGAAUACAUCCCCACAGUGUUUGACAACUACUCUGCCAAUGUGAUGGUAGAUGGGAAACCAGUGAAUCUGGGACUGUGGGAUACUGCAGGACAGGAGGACUACGACAGGCUCAGACCACUGUCCUAUCCACAGACGGACGUGUUCUUGACAUGUUUCUCUCUGGUGAGUCCUGCCUCCUUUGAGAACGUCAGAGCUAAGUGGUACCCGGAAGUGCGCCACCACUGCCCCAACACCCCCAUCAUCCUGGUGGGCACCAAGCUGGACCUGAGGGACGACAAGGACACCGUGGAGAGGCUGAGGGACAAGAAGUUGUCCCCCAUCACCUACCCUCAGGGCCUGGCCAUGGCACGGGAGAUAGGUGCGGUGAAGUACCUGGAGUGCUCAGCCCUGACCCAGAGGGGGCUGAAGACCGUUUUCGACGAGGCCAUCCGGGCCGUCCUGUGCCCGCCGCCCAUCAAAAAGAGGCGCAAGAAGUGCACCCUCUUCUGAGAGAAGAGGGGCGAGGAGGAGGGGGGGUCUGCAAGAAACAAAAACUGAAUCUACUGUUUUACAGAAAGUGUUGCUAAUCGAUGUCUGUCAGUGUCUCAAAUGGCACCCUAUUCCCCCUUUGCCACUGGCCAAAAGUAGUGCACUAGGUAGGGAAUAGGGUGUUGUUUUAUAAGGUAGCAGUAGUGCACUAGGUAGGGAAUAUGCAACCUUCACAGAUAUAGGUUGUUUACAUUUACAUUUUACAUUUUAGUCAUUUAGCAGACGCUCUUAUCCAGAGCGACUUACAGGAGCAAUUAG